UUGGAGGUCAUUUUCAAAUGCUUGAAUCUGUUUACAUCCACGCUUCGCCCCAUUCCCUCCUUCCAGGCGUCAAGUUUCAGGAAGUUACAGGUGUGUACUUAUGGUCUGAAACCAGUGCUUGGGGUACUGGAACAGCAACUAUUCUGGUCGCCACAUUUCACCCGUUUUCAGCACGAUCGCGACCAUAAGUAAUUUUAAAAUAUGAGUAAAAUAUCCAAGAUGUUCAAAGGCGGCUCCUCAAAGCCCAAGAAAAGUGCUACUCCCCAAGAGGCGAUCCACAGGCUGAGGGAGACGGAGGAGAUGUUAACCAAGAAGCAGGAGUACCUGGAGAAGAAGAUCGAGCAAGAGAUUGCCAUCGCCAAAAAGAAUGGGACCAAAAAUAAACGAGCUGCCCUCCAGGCCCUCAAGAGAAAGAAGCGUCUGGAGCAGCAUCUGACGAAGAUUGACGGCACACUCUCCACCAUUGAGUUUCAGCGGGAGGCGCUGGAGAACGCCAACACCAACACAGAGGUGCUGAAGAACAUGGGAUAUGCUGCCAAGGCCAUGAAGGGCAUUCAUCAGAACAUGGACCUGGAGAAGAUCGAUUCGCUGAUGCAAGACAUCACAGAGCAGCAGGAGGUAGCAGAGGAGAUAAGCAACGCCAUCACACAACCAUUCGGGGAGGAUUUUGAUGAGGACGAGCUGCUUGCUGAGCUGGAGCAGCUGCAGCAAGAGGACAUGGAGGAGAGCAUGAAGAGUAUGGGCAAGCUGCCCAGCGUGCCCGCCACCUCUCUGCCCGCACUGCCGAGGCAGAAGACAGCCACCAAGACGAAGAAGAAGGUCGAGGAUGAUGACGAUAUGGAGACCCUGGCUUCCUGGGCAACAUAACAUGUUUAUAUUCGUAGACAUGCGCGUACACAGGCCAUGACGGUGCAGUUUGUCAGGCAGUAUUUGCCGAACUGACACGUUUGUGUUUUGUGUGUUUUUUUUUUCUUUUUAUUAUUUGUAAAGUGUAUAUUUAUAAAUGGUCUUAAAGAGAGCAUAUGAAGACCCACAUCCUCUAUCGGCUCUUUUAGUGCUGAUUCACAAUCGGAGUGGAUUUCGUGCAGUGAUUACAAUCUCGUUGAUUGUCUGUGGUGAUGCAGCGGACUGUACAUGUAAUUGUAAUGUUUUCAUUCUCAGUUUUUUUAGUUUAUCACUACAGCUUUUUUUAUCUAUACCAUGUAUAUUUUUGAAGUAAAUUGUAAAUUUUGGGUAGUCUACUUAUUUCGAUAAAUUACCAACUUUUAAAGUAAUCAGCCUGCGAAUAUACGUUUGAAUAUCAGUCCAUUUUACCUUUAGUACUGUAACGUCUUCCUGCCAAAAUGCUGUCGUAUUCUGUAUACGACCUCCUAAGUGUGGUUACAGAUCUAGGUGCCAGAUGACCACAAUGUCUUAUGUGUAUCUUUUUGAAUAUAUUUUUGGAGCCUUCCUCAGGUAGCAUAGGGCACAAGGCUGGGCUCAACGCUGGAUGGGAUGCCAGUCCAUCGUAGGGCAGAUGUACUAAACUAUACUGCGUGGGGUAUUGAGAGACACCAGUUGGUACAAAUGUGUCUCUUUGGACGGAGGGAGGAAACCCAUGUAACACAUGUGGAUUGCACACGUUGAGCUUUGGCAAUAACAUUGGGGCUGCAUUGGGAUGCAUGUGGACACCACUGUGGUGGAAAAUGACAGGAAUCAUCCCCUUUGGAAACAUAGCACUCCGAUCCCAUACAUUGUUCUAUGUAACUCUUAGUCAUGAAAAGGUAAAUAUACCUGUUAUAGCAGGGGUAUUCAACUGGCAGACUCCAAAACAUUUUAAUCUGGGCAAUCGUUCCCCUCCAGCAAAUUUUGUCAUCAGGGACCCCCCCAUACCCCCUCCAUCCCACUUAAAGUAUUUCAUUUUCUUUGACCGCUGGCUGUCAUGUUAACAUACUGAUGUAUAGCAAGAGAAUUUCUGAUUGUAAACAGUCAAGCCCCAAAUCGUCAUGGUCCUGCUUAUUCAUUGUUUUACAUAAUGUAAAUGAAGCUUUGGUGUGACAUGUUGUUUGCCUAUUUCUGGUAUAUCCUGUCAAAAAAAGAUGAUUUAGACUCUUUAUAUUAAACAAUUUUACUACUACAUUGUAUCAUCUGUUAGCUUUUUGGGGCUGUGUUAGUCACCCCAUCUUCUGUUAUGAUGUCAUAUAUACCGAAAAGCCAAAACUUUAUGGCCACCUGCCCAUUAUGCUGUUGGUCCGCUGUGUAGCCACCAGGACAGCUGUGACCCACAGACACAUGGGCUCAACUGGACCUCUGAAGGUGUCCUAUGGUAUUUGGUACCAUGGUGUCAGCAGGAGAUCCUUUAAGACCUCUAAGAUGCAUGGUGGAGCCACUGCAGAUUGGGCUUGCUGUUCCAGCACUUCCCAGAGAUGCUCUAUAUCAGGGGUCAUCAACAGAGCUACUUCAUGGGUACUGAGCCAUACGAAGGGCUACCAGUCUGAAACGCCCUCCUAAACUUAUCUAAACUUCAUGUAUAAUAAACAUGUUUUAAAUGCUUUUUUAA